UCUCUGCCACGAACCACACGUACGUCGUCAUCCAAUGACAAUCUGCCAGGUGUCAUUUUGGGGGCGGCAUUAUCUGCGGUUAUUGUACACGAUUAGGUAACUGUUGCUCCAAAUAUUGGCGGGCAAAUCCCCCAUUCAAAUUUCCUCACAUUUUCCCACUCUCCAAACCCUAGCCCGCCUUUUACUUUCUUCCAUUUCCCCCCCACCUUCUCUCUCUCUCUCUCUCUCACUGCAGCUUAUUUUUCUUAGAUUUUCUAACAUUUUGUCUUGAGAUUUGCUGACUCGAUGAUUAUCCGCUGGCUUUGAAGGUAAUUAAAUCGGCGAAUUUUUGUGGAAAAGAGUUAUAUUUUUCAUUUGUGAAAGAAAGAAGCUAAAUCAUGGGGAAAGUGUCUCCGGCCGAAAGACAAUCGAAAAAUGGUAGGCAGAAAAGGCGUUUGAGGAAUGCCAAAAAUAAGUUUUUGAAGCCUGGAGCUCUUGCUCAGCUCCGGGAUAGCAGGGCGUCGGGUUCUAAAUCUUGUACAGAUCUUGGGAAGAAAAGAGUUGCGGUUUUAAAUAGAAAGCAGACGGGUGGGGACGAUUCCGAUCCUCAUCAGCACAAGACCACUGAUCAGAGCCCGACGCUUUUAUCGCCCGUAAGGUUUCAGUUUGCUCCUGCACUUGGAGCAUCAGAUUUGUUCAAUCCCAAUAAUUUUGGUAACACUCCAAAGACCCCUCGAGCUGAGGAGUUCUUGUCUGAGUCCAGGCUUGAAUCUCUCCCCGUUGAUUUACUGGUUAAAAUACUUUGCCACCUGCACCAUGAUCAGCUCAGAGCGGUUUUCCAUGUCUCUCAGAAAAUCAGGAAAGCAGUUGUUAUAGCUAGACAGUUCCACUUCAAUUAUACUACUCCAGAUAGAUCGAGGCAAGAGAUGCUAAACACAAUGACUCCACUCCCAACCGAGCAUUGGCCUUUUAUGGGCAAGGGAGGCGAAAAAGGGAUGCUGAUUGCAAGCCCACACACGCCAAAGGCACCAAAGCAUGGUCCUCGUCCACCCUCUCGUUUGAAGUUCACUGAGAUGCGGCAAGUUGCCGCUGUUCUCUUCCAAGAUUCAACAUUCUCUUUGGUACCGUCUGUUAUUCAGAAACCGAUAUGCAAGUCGUUGGCUUCCAACAGAGUCCUGUUCUAUGAGGACGAAUUGUGCCAGGCAGUUGCUCAGAACAAACUUCGUUGAUUUGCGAUUGUUUCUUCUUCAUGUGUAUAGUUAUCCCCUGUUUUUCUGUGUAAUAGUAGCAAGGUAGAUAAGAGGUUUAGCUUUGUAGUUAUGCUGGGUGCUGUGGCUUCAAGCUUAAGUAGUAGGAUUAGGAAGAGGUUUUCGCUGGAUUUCAGCCGAAUAAUAUAUUAUAGAGGUCGUUUGUACAGUGCUGUAACCAAGACUAUGGUUUUAUGGGAACUUCACCCUUUGUGUUAA